AUGGCGUUCCCAAUCCUCAUACACACUCUUUGCCUCCUUUUGUUCCCACAAGCCCUACUUUCUCAAGACAACAACUUCGUUCGUCAGCCAGCUGGUCAACUCACCAUCACGCCCCACCGACGCUCCCACUCCGAUCCCCAACAGGUGCACAUUUCAUUGGUGGGGAAGGACAAGAUGAGGGUGUCGUGGAUAACGGAAGACAAGCACGCAGAAUCUGUGGUCGAGUACGGCACAGAGGCAGGGAAAUAUAACGCAAAAGCAACCGGUGACCAUACCUCGUACCAGUAUUUUUUCUACAGUUCCGGCAACAUUCACAACGUUGUUAUCGGGCCUUUGAGACCAGCCACCGCUUACUUCUACAGGUGCGGCGGCUCCGGCCCAGAGUUUUCGUUCAAGACACCUCCACCCAAGUUCCCAAUUGAGUUUGUCAUCGUUGGGGACUUGGGACAAACUGAAUGGACUGCAUCAACCUUGAAACAUGUAGAAAGUAGCGACUACGACGUGUUGUUGUUGCCAGGAGAUCUAUCCUACGCGGACUCCCAACAACCCUUAUGGGACUCCUUUGGUCGUUUAGUGGAACCAUAUGCUAGUAAAAGGCCAUGGAUGGUCACUGAAGGCAACCACGAGAUUGAAACUUUCCCCGUUAUUUACCCACAAGGUUUCCAAGCCUACAAUGCUCGUUGGCUCAUGCCAUUCCAACACAGUGCUUCCACCUCAAACCUCUAUUACUCCUUUGAGGUUGUCGGUACCCACGUCAUCAUGCUUGGUUCCUACACUGACUUUGAUGCCCAAUCACAACAAUACACCUGGCUUCGGUCUGAUCUCGCCAACAUUGACAGGGUCAAGACACCUUGGGUGAUCAUGUUGUUGCAUGCACCUUGGUAUAACACUAAUGAGGCACACCAAGGUGAAGGUGAAUCCAUGAGACAAGCCAUGGAAGAAUUGCUUUAUAAUGCUCCUGUUGACCUAGUUUUUGCGGGUCAUGUUCAUGCAUAUGAACGCUUCACUCGAAUUUACGACAAUAAGUUUGACUCGUGUGGACCGAUGUACGUGACGAUUGGAGAUGGCGGAAAUCGGGAGGGACUUGCGUUAACGUUUAAGAACCCUACGAGCCCGCUCUCGUUGUAUCGAGAGCCAAGCUUUGGACAUGGAAGGUUGAGAAUAGUAAAUGAAACACAUGCACAUUGGUCAUGGCACCGAAACAACGACGCUGAUGCAGUUGUAGCUGAUGAUGUUUGGAUAGAGAGUUUAAGCAGCUCCAAAGCAUGUUCGAAACAGCAAGAUGCUCCUAAAGAAGAGCUAUAA